AUAAAAAAAAAGCGGAUCUUCCUAGGCUAGCUCAGGCGGGCAGCCCCUCACAUUGCUUGCUUCCCACCCCGGUUGUCCCGUAAUCUCAGCCGCGCUUUGCCACGGUCCUCGUUUCGCUGCUCCCCGACGAUCCCCAAGAGAGUGAGAUAAAGGAAAAAGGGGAAAAAAAGAAAAGAAAAAGUCCGCUGCCUGCCACACCGCCUCGAAAAAGCAAGAAAGUCCCGGAAGAGGCAAACGAGAUCCGUCGCGGCCGCGGGGGGGUUUUGUUGGUGGGCUGAGGACGGCCUCUGAAGGCGCCACCCCCGACAGGCGAAUCGCAUUUUGCAAGCACGAACGGCCGGUCGGUGUGGCAGCCAGAGCGAAGGGGGUCAUCCCUCCCCCUUGUCCCUCACUGCUCCAUCGUCCUGCGGCCUUGAGUCGGCAGUCGAGCUGACCGCCAUCUUUGCAUGAGCGCCGGCUCUGCCACCUGCAGCCCAGAAGCAGCAGCAACCACACAUCUCAUCGUAGUUCAGGCGCAGGGCAGAAAACACGACCCCAUGGCCUUCUAUGCCCCACGGCCCGCCGGCGGUGGCGGUGGCGGUGGCGGCGGCAGCAGCAGCAGCAGCAGCAGCAGUCCUCGGCCCGACAGCCCGGCCGCCGCCGCAACAGUAGCCACGACCAUCCCGAGCGCGCUCUGGAAGCUGACGGUGCCGGUUCACAUCACGCACGCUUCGCUGCCGUCCUCGGCCCCCUUCGUGGCCUCGGUGCCCAGGUUCGGCUACCUGGCCCUGCUGCUGCCGCGCCUGGCCGCCUACUUUGGCCGCCCCUGCUCCAGCUUCCACCACGAGGACGUCCAGCUGCGCAAUCUGCCCGUCGGCUUGCUCGUCGACCUCUACCGGCCCCAGGCCCUGCCGUGGCGGCUCGUCGCCGACGAGGGUGAGGGGUGGCAUAUCGGGGACACGUUCCUCAACGGCGCAAAGGAGGCCGACUUCCUCCGGAACGGCCACGCAAAACAGAUCAUGUCCAUGUCAAAGGAUGAUACUACGGCCCUGUGGAAUGCAGUCCAGGACGGGGACUACGCCACCUUUGCCAGAAUCAACAACCAGCUGCUGAACGCGCCAACGCCGCUUAAACAUGUCCCCAUCCGCAUAUACAUACCCUCUUCUUCACCGAGCAGCCCCGCAACCACCACACCGGCUGCUGCCGGCUCGUUUCGCGUCAUGCAGGCCCUGGUUGCGCCACGAAUAGCAAACAAAACUCCACAAACUCUAGGUACUGCACUUAGAAGCUUGUUGCCCACGCUAUUCCCGAGCAGCCGCGACCCGGUCCUGGCAAAUGUCAUCCUCCACGGCGCCCCCGUGCCCUUCUCGGCCCCGCUCGAGGCCCUCAUGCGCGAGGCCGCCUACCCGGACGGCUGGCUCUGCCUGACCGUCGUUCUGUUAUGAUCUUUUUUUGAUUUGAUCGAUCCCCGCCGGCAGACAGGGGGCGUUCGGCACUUGCAAACAAUCCGGGUGGCGAUAUGGAUCGGAAGAUGCAUGACGGCGGCGUAGAGCGGUGGAACCGGGGGGGUAGUGCGUGUCAGUUCUAGCGCCGAGGGGCUAGGUGCCCGCGUUCCAUCUUCGGUUGCCGCCUUCCUCUCUGAAAUUCCAGCCGCGCGUCUCGUCACAUAUCAUAUAGCAUUUGGUCUGGGAUUUUCUUGUUUCUCUAGCGACUUGGUUCUUUUCGUGUGUCUUCAUCUUGUCAUAUCUCAUACAACAUCCGGACCGGGCGUUUCUUGAGCGGGUGGGGUCUGGUGACUGGUAGGCAUCCAGCAUCUAGUUGGUCCGGCUCGUCCAUUCUCGAAGCGGUACUUGCAUGUAUAUCAUCUUCUCACUCGUGGCAGCUUUCCCAGUAGCUGUCGAGAAUACGAGUCUCGUCCCGAUGGCGAAUGAAAGCAAUGAUCACACAUCGAG